AUGAGAGCCGAGACUGGGCUGCGGUUUCUCUGCCUGGCUGCGGUUCUUUACACCGCGCAGUCCGUGGAACCUCCUGAGUGCAAUCCAGGGGGUCACAUGGUUUUGCAGAACCCGUACCGGAGCACAAGUUUUAGCUCUCAGCAGCUUCUCCAGUCUGGCCUGCAGGAGAAGCUGAUCUGUGACCACUCACUGACACCUGGCUGGUAUAAGCUCCAGAUCUUUGAUAAACCAGCUCAAAUGCCCACCAAGUGUGUGGAGGUGAAUCACUGUGGUACCCAAGCUCCAGUGUGGCUUUCUCUUGCUGAAGGGGAAACUCUACCGCACCCGAUGGAGGUUAAGAGGCUAACUGCUUGUGCUACCUGGCAGCUGUUCAGUAGGCCCAAGAAGGAGUGCUGUCUGUUUCGAAUGCCUGUCUCUGUGCGUAACUGUGGGCAGUUCUAUGUGUAUCAGCUCCAGCCUACACAGGGAUGUAUGGCCUACUGUGCUGAGGAAAUCUCUGAUUCCACGGAACCAGUCUGUGAACCAGAGCACAGGAACAGAGAUGGAAGUUGCAACGAUAAACAACCUCCAUCUCCAUCAGUACCGGAGAUCGUGGCUGAGCUGUCGGGUCCCAGCAUAUUGUUGAAGUGUACAUUUGAUGGCCAUAGUGUUAACAGCUCUCUAGGAUUUGUGGUAACCUGGUGGCGUCUUUCCCCAAAUGGAAACAAAGAGGAACUCAUGCAGGAGACAACCUUACAGACUUCAGCCUUUAUCGAGCUGGAUGGUAUCAACCUUCGGCUUGGAGACAGGAUCUUUUGUAGUUGCUCCAGUUUCUUUCUAGAUGCCCCAGACAGACAGAGUCAUGCUGUGGAGAGUGCAGAGUUCUUUGCAGGGAUUCAACUGCAGCCCAAACUUGCCUCCAUUUUAGAGGAUGGAAAGGAGCAUGAACUGGUCAUACAGAGCACUGUUCCUGUACCCUGUCUUUCAGAGACAUGCACUCUUCUAUUACAGCUUAGAACCAGCAGCCAAGGUGAGGAGGUGCUGGGUCCUGAUCUGGUUCUGUCUUCCUGUGAGGUGAAGCUGUCUCAUGCUCCAUGCCAAAAGGAAGUGUGCAGCCAAGCACUGCUUCACUACAGCGCAGUGACUGAUAUCAGCAAGGAUGGAGACAGAAGCACUGAGAUUUCCAUCAAACCUAUAGUCAGCACUGAUUUUCUCUGGAAUGGAUAUACACCAGAAAGUGUGCAGAUCACCGUGAAGGAUAUCCUACCUGCUUACUGUUACAUUUUCACUGAUCCUCACAUCAUAACAUUUGAUGGCAGGAAGUAUGACAACUUCCAUAUAGGCACAUUUGUGCUGUACAGGAGCACAAUUCGGCUUUUCGAAGUGCACGUGCGCCAGUGGGAGUGUGCUAGUACAACAGCCCACCCCACAUCCUGUGUGUGUGGCUUUGCUGCCAGAGAUGGAGCUGAGGUCAUCUCCUUUGACAUGUGUCAUGGAUUGGCUGGAGAAACAAAGCCACGCCUCUUAGUGAAGAAUGGAGACCUGGCAAAGAGUGGCAUUCGGAUCACUGAGUCUUACCAGGGUCGCAAAGUCACUCUGACAUUUUCUUCAGGCGCAUUUGUGCGAGCAGAUGUAGCUGACUGGGGCAUGAGCCUGACUGUGAUGGCCCCUGGCUCUGAUCAGAGCCACACUGAGGGUCUCUGUGGAACCUUUGAUGGACAGCCACUCAAUGACUAUCACAGAGCAGGAGGGGAAACUUUAGAAGACAGUAUUUCCUUUAUUAACACAUGGAGGCUUGCACCAAGCAGUAGCUUUUUUGACAAAAUUCCAGCCUAUGAGAGUAGAAUGAGCUUCCGCCACUUCUGCCACUGUGAGAAAGAACCACAUCAGUUAAACCUCAGAGCUCGUCUUCCUUCCAGCCCUUUCUCCUGCUCUCGUUUGGCCCAUUUUCGCACCCCUUCUAUAAUCCCUGCUCGGGAUGUCACAGCAGAGUAUAUCAGACCCAUCAAACAUUUCACAGGUAGCGCCGGAAACCAUGCCAAGGCGCACCAAGAUGAUACUGAAACCCAGAAUCGAGGAAGGCUCCAGGACCACAAACAAGCUCCAUUCUCUCCUGCCUAUCAGAGUGUAAGCCAGUCAGACCAAGAGAGCUUUAACUAUUUCUUCCCUGAAGAUCAGGUUCUAUCCACACAUCCUGAAUUACCAGCACCAACGUGGCCUACUGAGUCUGGCCUGACAGAGGUGGAUGCACAGCAGCUGUGUGGUCAUGCCUUGUACAACUCCACUGUGGCGCUUGGCUGUGUUGGCCUGUUGGACAAGGUGAUGGAAAAAGCACUGGAGAUGUGUGUGGUAGACCAGCAGCUGAAGGAUGAAAGAACCUGGCUGGGAGCCACUGUGCCCCUUCUGGAGAAUGAGUGUGAGAGGAGAGUGAUGCAAGAAGAGGGAAGAAGAGAGGAGCUCCGGGAUGUAUUCACCUUCCUUAGGUGCCCGAACCUUUGCAGUGGCAAUGGACAGUGCACUGAGCGUGGUUGCAUGUGUUUUCCUGGGUUUGGCUCAUAUGACUGCAGCCAGGUCUCUGAUCAGAUCCCAGAGAUCACAGAACUGGAGGGUGGAGGGCUCUGUGAUCUUAAACACAGCUCCUGUUCCACUGUUAAAGUUGUUGGGAAAGGCUUUAGGAAUGCAUUUGAACUGAAAUGUGAAGUCAUGAAGGAGAAGAUAGUAGAUGGCGAGUGGUCACUGAGUGAUCCUGUGAUGGUUCCUGCGUUGUUCCUCAGCUCCUCUGCUUUAGAGUGCCAGCUCCCUGUUGACGAUGUGCACUCUGCAGGUGUCCAUCACCCACCUGUCACUCGCUGGCAAAUCAAGGUUUCAAAUGAUGGCUACAGCUUCAGCAAUGCCAAGAUAUUCACACUGUUUGAUGGCACGUGUCAAGAGUGCACACACAGCAGUGGGGUUCAGUGCACUUUAAAGAACAGCAGCUGUAACAUUGAUGGUCAGUGUUAUGGAGAAAGUGAGCGCAGUCCCAGCAGCCCCUGUCUCAUCUGUCGGCCCGAUCUCUCCAAGUACACCUGGUCUGUUAGUGAGAAAAACAAACCUCCGGUGUUUCAUUCAGAGCAAACCCACCUGCAGACAUUUUACGGGGAAAACUUUGUGUACCAGUUUGUAUCAACUGAUCCAGAAGGUUCUGCAGUUCUGUUCACACUGCUGUCUGGGCCCAAAGAUGCUGUUCUCUCUCCUGCUGGCCUGCUCAUCUGGAAAGCCCUGUCAUCCUCCCUCGUGACCUUUGAACUGGCUGUGAGAGAUGACUGUAAUGCAGAGACACAGGCUAUGGUAAAGGUCUCAGUUCGCCAUUGCGACUGCUACAAUGGAGCCUCAUGCGUGACCAACAUGAACUUCCCUCCUGGCAGCGGCGAGUAUCUGUGUGUCUGCCCAGCUGGUCUAGAGGGGGAGAAAUGUCUGGUUAAUGUGAAUGACUGCAAAUCAAACCCGUGUCAGAGAGGUGAAUGUGUGGAGGGACUGAAUUCUUUCACAUGCCUCUGCCCAGCAGGUUUUACUGGUGUGACGUGUGAGGAGGAUAUUGAUGAGUGUUUGUCAGCUCCAUGCUUCCCUGGGGUGCCUUGUACAAACACAUUAGGGUCAUUUGUAUGUGGAUCCUGUCCUGAUCACUUCACUGGAGACGGGAAAAACUGCAUCCGUAAAACAAGACACCGAGACCAUACAGGAGACCAAGGACUCAACCUCAGACACUUCAAACCCAACCUCGACCCAGCUCAAAGCCAAUGUUCCAGUCAACCCUGUUACCCAGGAGUCCAGUGCUUUGAGAGUGUGUAUACAUCUGCUGGAUAUAUCUGUGGUCCCUGUCCUCCAGGUCUCCAUGGUAACGGCCAAAACUGCAUGUCAAGACCAGAAAACAGGUUAACACCAGGCACUAGAGAAGGGAACAGACCUGAUGUCCUUUUCUCUUCAUCAUUCUCCAUUUCCUCCUCAUCUCAGAAAUCCACAGAAUCUUCUAUUAUAGCUGAAAGGCCUCUAUUUAACAAGAAGAUACCAUCACUCAUUGAUAGAAAGACUUCUUUAAGCCCUGUUAACCAUGAUAACAGUCCUACAAAAGCUUCUGGUUCUGGAGGUCAGCUUCAUGAGGAGGAUUCAGAGUCUGUGGUUGAAGAUGGCAGGACUUGCUCUGACUCUUCCUGUUUUCCUGGCGUGCCUUGUGAGCCUUCUGCCGCUGGACACUUCAAGUGUGGCCGCUGUCCCAACGGAUACAGGGGGGAUGGAGUCACCUGUAAAGCCAUGUGUCGUUAUCCAUGUGGUCAGAACAUGGAGUGUACUCUGCCUAAUACAUGCACCUGUAAAGAAGGAUACACUGGAUAUAACUGCCAUAUCGCUAUUUGUCGUCCUGACUGCAAGAACAGAGGGAGGUGUGUAAAGCCCAACGUGUGUGAGUGUCCUGCAGGCUACAGUGGACCAACCUGUGAGGAAGCUACAUGUGAUCCGCUGUGUCAAAAUGGUGGCAGCUGCUUGUCCAGAAACCUGUGCACCUGCUCCUUCGGCUAUGUGGGGCCACGGUGUGAAAUUAUGGUGUGUACCCGGCACUGUGAGAAUGGUGGGGAAUGUGUAUCUCCUGAAGUGUGUAAGUGCAAGCCUGGCUGGUAUGGACCAACUUGUAACUCAGCUGAUUGUAAGCCAGUGUGUCUGAAUGGUGGCACCUGUAUCAAGCCUAACAUCUGUACAUGUCCUCGUGGCUUCUAUGGAUCACAGUGCCAGAUAGCUGUGUGCAACCCUCCCUGUAAAAACCGCGGUCAGUGUAUGAGGAACAAUGUGUGCUCCUGUCCUGAAGGCUACACUGGCAAGAGAUGUCAAAUGAGUGUGUGUGAUCCGAUGUGCAUGAAUAAAGGAAAGUGUGUGGGUCCAAACACCUGUUCCUGUGCUUCUGGCUGGUGGGGGGGAAUCUGUAACAUCCCGGUUUGCUUACAGAAGUGUAAAAACGGAGGCGAGUGUGUGGGACCCAACAUGUGUCAUUGCCCUGCUGGAUGGGAAGGCAUACAGUGCCAGACUCCCACCUGCAAGCACAAGUGCCAAAAUGGAGGAAAGUGUGUGCUUCCAAACUUCUGUCAGUGUCGCUCAGGAUACACAGGAUCGACCUGCGCUGCCAAAACCAGAUGAUGAAAGAAGAACAGGAACCCAGAAACAUGAGGAGAUGGCGUUAUAUACACUGUCUCUACCCACCUCAUACAAAGUACAAACUCCACAGGAGUGGAUAUACACUACCGUUCAAAAGUUUGGGGUCACUUUGAAAUGUCGUUAUUUUUGAAAGAAAAGCACUGUUCUUUUCAAUGAAGAUCACUUUAAACUAAUCAGAAAUCCACUCUAUCCAUUGCUAAUGUGGUAAAUGACUAUUCUAGCUGCAAAUGUGUGGUUUUUGGUGCAAUAUCUCCAUAGGUGUAUAGAGGCCCAUUUCCAGCAACUCUCACUCCAGUGUUCUAAUGGUACAAUGUGUUUGCUCAUUGUCUCAGAAGGCUAAUGGAUGAUUAGAAAACCCUUGUACAAUCAUGUUAGCACAGCUGAAAACAGUUUAGCUCUUUAGAGAAGCUAUAAAACUGACCUUCCUUUGAGCAGAUUGAGUUUCUGGAGCAUCACAUUUGUGGGGUCGAUUAAAUGCUCAAAAUGGCCAGAAAAAUGUCUCGACUAUAUUUUCUAUUCGUUUGACAACUUAUGGUGGUAAAUAAAAGUGUGACUUUUCAUGGAAAACACAAAAUUGUCUGGGUGACCCCAAACUUUUGAACGGUAGUGUAUGUGUGAGAGAGACUCCAUGGCCUUACGUGUAUGUAACUGUUUAUAUGUUUAUGAAUGUGUAUCUCAGGCAGCAGACAAGAAAAGAAUGACUAACACUCGACAUUUUGCUUUUUGCUAUGAUCACACAUCUACAGUAAUUCUGCAGUUUCACUCUGCUGUUUUGUCACAAGGUGAGUGCAUUCAACAAAGUGUGUCUGCCAAGUAUACAUCUCACGAAAGUAUUUUCUUUUUCUCCAUGUUCAGCUGUUAACCUCGUCAGUUUUAUAAGCCGUACAGUAUAAUACGCACUGUUUAAGAGAAACCGUAAGGACGUAGUGUAUACAUGUGAGAGAGCACAGUGUUCUUACGGGUAAUGGUGACCUGGAACAGACUGAUGAGCUUUUCCUCUAUACAGGUACAUUUCUUAAAGAA